AUGCCAAGCAAGCUAAGGAAGGCAAUUGGAGCAGUGAAGGAUCAAACAAGCAUUAGCCUAGCCAAGGUAACCAAUGCAGCCAAUCUUGAAGUCAUCAUCCUAAAAGCCACAACCCAUGAUAAAAAUCCCAUUGAAGAGCGUUAUGUCAAUGAGAUUUUGAACAUUGUCUCCUCUAACAAAGUGUAUGCAGCCGCAUGUGCUCAUUGCAUAGGCAAACGCAUUGGUAAGACCCACAAUUGGGUUGUUGCCCUCAAAUCUCUUAUGAUUGUACUUAGAAUCUUUCAAGAUGGUGAUCCAUAUUUUCCUAGGGAAGUCUUCCAUGCAAUGAAAAGGGGUUCCAAAAUCCUCAAUCUCUCAACUUUCAAGGAUGACUCCAAUUCUAGCCCUUGGGAUUACACUGCAUUCAUUAGAAGAUUUGCUUUGUACCUUGAUGAACGGUUGGAUUGCUUCCUCACCGGAAAGCUCCAACGACGAUUCACGUAUCACAACCGGUUUCACCAGAGGAACCAAAUGAACAAGACAGCCAAUGAACGAGGCAUCAAAGACAUGAAACCCUCGAUGGUGCUUGAUAGAAUUGAACAUUGGCAAAGGUUGUUGGAUAGAGCUAUUGGCACAAGGCCUACAGGGUCAGCCAGGACCAGCCGUUUGGUUCAGAUUUCAGUCUAUGCUAUUGUGCAAGAAAGCUUUGAUUUGUACAGGGAUAUCUCUGAUGGGCUUGCUGUUGUUUUGGAUAAUUUCUUCCAAUUGCCAUUUUGUGCAUGUGCUGCAACAUUCAAUGCGUGUGUUAAAUCCUACAAGCAAUUUGACGAGUUAUCAGCUUUCUAUUCUUUUUGUUCAAGCAUUGGGGUUGGAAGGUCCUAUGACUACCCGAGAGUGCAAAAGGUUUCUGAAGAGCUUAUGGAAACAUUACAAGAGUUCUUCAAAGACCAAGCUUCUUUUCCUACAAAUAAACACCUUUUUCCUUUACCCAACGAUCUUACAGGUUCAAGUUCAUCCCAUGAUGAAGCAAGUGAAAGAUAUGGAUUUGAAAGUUUUUUUGAAACAGGAUCCGAAUUUGAGUCGCAAUGUACAUCAUUGGAAGAUCUCAUGAGUGCUAAUGAUGCUGCCCUGAGUCCUAAGAGAUCGCUUGAGGAAGACACGUAUUCAGAGCAAUCAGACAAAGAUGAUAAAAAAUCGCUUUGUGAUGAUUAUGUUAGUGCAAAUGAUAUUGGUUCAGCCACAUCAUUAUUUGCAAUUGAUCAAACAUCAAGGUCGAGUUGGGAGGCAGUAAAUUUUGAUGAAUUGCAGGCGGAAGUGCAACAAAAUCAAACAAAUGAGUGGGAGCAACAAAAUACAGAAGCAGUUUCCAGUAAUAUCUCCAAAGAUUGUUGGGAGUUAGUAUUGGCAAAUACAGUAACUGCACCUACUGAAACAUCACCCAAAUUGGCAAAUGUGUUUGACCCAUUUGUCAACUUAUUUGAUCAAGCUCCAGUUCCUCAACACAAGUACAAUCCAUUCCUGGAUGACACAGAGAAUGUUGCACCUCUUGCAACCACUAGUGAUAUAUUAAUUGACAUGUCACCAACAUUUAAGGCAACAACACAAGCCCUUUAUGCUCAGGAUCCUUUUGUAUCAACCAUCUCAGAUCCAAGUUCCAAUUCCAUAACAAAUCCACAUCUAUUUUUUGGUUACACGCAUCCAAAUGAGACAGCAAAAGAACCAACUUUCAGAGCUCAAGGUUCUUCUGUAGGGACCAACAUAACAGUGCCGUCAUCUUUUAAUACUAAAACUUCGGAUAACAUGAUUACACCACCAAGUUUCCAGACUCAAUGUUCUUUUAAGAAUGAUUCAAUUCCAAUAUUUCAAGUGCGCAAGUCAAAUGUUGAUGCCAUAAUGGAAACACCAACCCUAACUGCUCUUCAGAAUCCUAACCAUAGUACUGUUCCCUUACACUUCCAAGCACAACAUUUUUAUUCUUCAACAAUGCCACCAACAUUUAGUGUAAAGGAUUACAAUGGGACACCAUGGGCAACACCAAUGGACAAUGAUCCUUUUGGACCAUUGGCAACAUCAAUGGACAAUGAUCCUUUUGGAUCAUGGCCUAGUGCAAAUACCGGUGGACACACAUUGAAUGUGUCAAUGCAAGAGGAUAGUUUGUUGCGGCAACAACGACAAUGGUUGGAGCAACAACAAAAUAUCAUAUCAAAGCAUAUGAGAAUCCAAAAUGUACCUCUGGUUGAAGUUCCAAAGAACUGGUAUUCCCUAAAGAGUCCAAUUUACCUGUAUAGCACAAGGAAAGAUCUCAAUCGGCUAAGGCGAGGGUAUGAAGCUCCACUAUGGACGGGGAAUGAAAGAGAGGAGUCUGGUAAGCAUAUCGAUUCAAGCAAGUCCGACUAG